AAAUGGAGGGCAAACGAGGAACACAAACUGUGACCGAGGGGACAGAGAAUCAGUAGUUGAACCAGAGAACAAAGAACCAAGAAACAUCUGUGCAUUUCUACAAAGGAUGGAAUGCAUUCUGACUUUGCUGCUGCUAUGUCCAUUUGUGUUUUUUACCACCGUGACCUCAGAACAAGACAAUGUAUGUUCCAGGCCUGUACUGGCUUCCAACAUUGAAUUGGAAGGGCUCCAGAGGUACUUUAGCCCCGGUGCAGAGUUAGCACUGUCCUGUAAACAGGGAUACACCCCGGUGUCGGGCCCUCGCAAGAUCGUUUGUGCCGCCAGCGGAGAAUGGACAAAAACCAAACUCCUAUGCAUACCGAAACGGUGUCCGUAUCCUGAUCUGCUGCCCAAUGGAGAAUUGUACUAUGAGGACACUGUGUACCAGAAUACAAUCGACUAUACAUGUCAUGAGGGGUACACAUUGAUUGGAGCCAGCACUGCUGUAUGUCUAGCCAAUGGAACAUGGAGCACAUCAGUCCCUGUCUGCAAGUCUGUGACCUGUGAUCUUGCUCCAAUCCCAAAGAAUGGGAUGAUAAUUUAUGACAGGAGGAUCAGCGGGAACACCACUAAUUAUGGUGACAGUGUGACGUACAGGUGCCUGCCUCCAUACGCACUCAUUGGCAACCCAAGAGCGGAGUGCACUGUCAGUGGCAGCUGGAGCAAGACACCUGAAUGUCAAGUGGUGACCUGCCCUCCACCACAGAAUAUCGACAGAGGCUACAUGUCAAAUGAUGAGCAGAGAAACUUCGACUACAUGGAAACAGUCAGAUAUGGCUGCACUGGAGACUAUGUACUGGAAGGAAGCUUCCAGAUCGUUUGCCAACAAAAUGGACAUUGGUCUGAAAAGCCAUCCUGCAAAGCUCCUUGCAGUAUUGGCAUAGAAAGAGGAAGGAUAUUAUACAAAGGUCGUAAAGUCUGGGUUGAAGACCUGCGUCCUAACAGAGUCCCACAUUUGGACAUUGUCUCAGUCUAUUGCAAGGACGAGGCCAGGAAUUGCGGUUAUGCAGUUUCAACGCAGUGCAUCGAUGGAACACUCAAAAUGCCAGAAUGCUUUCAAGAGCCCAGCAAGAGUAAAUACACCUUACCACAAUCACGUUCGCUUCCAUCAGAAAUCACACAGUGCUGAAACAGCAGCAGAUCCCUUCUCUGAUGAUUAUUAAACCUUUGCAGUAUGUAAUGGAUGCUGGUGUCCUGGUCUUUAAAAUUAAAGAAAAUGGUCUGAUUCAA